AUGGCUGAUGCAGUGGGACAGCCCUGUGGAGGUGUGCCCCAUCAGAUCUCCAACCUCCUGCGGCUGGCAGAUGAGGGAGGCCACAAGGACAUUGUGGCAGGCAUCAUGCAGGCAGCCAGGGUCCAGCCAGCUGCUGUGGCCUCCCUCCUAGUCCAGAUCCUCCAGCAGGAUGAGGUGUCUGUCAGGCAGAAGGUGGCGGCAUACGAGGGCUUCAGGACGGGGCUGCUGGAGCAGGGGAUGGAGGCAGGACUUAUCAGCAGCCUCAUUGCUGUGGCCUCCCAGCAGAUGAGGGUGGCUCCAGAGGAGGCCUCGAGCGAGCUCCAGGCGGCUGCCAGUGAUACCUUGGCCGCCCUCGCUGGCAGCUACUUCGGGCCGGUGAUGCGGGAGCUCCAGAAACACCUGAGGCCUUUUGUGCUGCCAGCGGAGUUCACCCUCCUCACCCUGGGCAAGGUCAUGGCGGCCAGUGUGUACAGAUGUGUCCCUUUCCUGGGCAUCACCCUGACCACCAUGCAGACCGUGAUGCGAGGGAUAGAUGACAGCAGGAGACGAGGGGCCUUCUGCACCGCCCUGGAGUGCAUGUGUGGGGCAAUCAGCACUUACCUGAGGAGCUGGGAGAGGAGCACCUAUCCACAAAUCACGCUCCAGCGCUUCUCUGCAUACCUGCUCCCCAUGUACCGGUACCUCAUCAGCGCCUGGCUGCCCAGCGAGGACAUAGAGGUCAAACUGGCUGUCCUCAAGGCCCUGGGGCCAAUGCUGAACAUCCUGCUGCCCAGGAAGGAUCUGCAAAACCAGAUCUAUGGGGAUAUCCCUCUGCUCCUGGCUCAGUAUGGGAAGAACAUCGAGGCCUUUUACAUCACCAAGGUUCUGGGACAGAUCUUGCAGGCCUCUUCCUCCAACAAACCGAUCCCAGAGGUGUAUGUGGAGGCCAUCUCUCAUACGCUGAGCUACCAGGUCACUUCCAAAGCGCAGCAGCCCUAUCGGCUCUGCAGGGAGAACCACACAGAGAUUUCCCACGUCUUCCUGCAACUCGUUCCGGGGAUCGCCAGCCGGAAACACCUGUGCAUCAAAUCAGUGAAAUCAGUUCUUACCGAUGGGAGUCCCAGGGUGAGAGAACAACAGUGCCGGGUGCGGGUGAGGGUGGCUGUCCUACAGGCCAUUGGCACCCUGGUCUCAGCAGGGUUCCUGGAUAAGGUGGAGGGAUGGCCUCUCAACUACAUUGCCCUGCAGCUUGCUGUGUCGGCCAACUCGCUGGAGCGUCCAGUUCGGAGCCUUCCCCUGGGGGGGCUGCUGGAAAAAAUGGUCCAGAAAACCAGCCUGGCCACCUUAGAAAUAAUCAUUGCCUCGGGCAGGGGGAUCAGCCAGGAGCUCUGGGAACGGCUCCUGGGCUGUGUUACCCGCACCCCUUACACUGAUUCCAUGACCCCCCUGUGCUGCUGCCUGAGGAUCCUGGCCACGAAGCGGCAGCAGCACAGACAAGCAGCCCGCAAUUGCAGGGAGCCAGCGGCAUCUCCGACUCCCCAGCAGCUGCUGGCCCGGCUCCUGGUGCUGUCAGCAUCCCCCUUCGAGGGAGAAGGGCGUGGAGUGGCUGCGCUACUCCUACUGAACGCCCUGCGCCCUGAGAUGUAUGGAGACGAGGCCGAGCAGUGGUGGAUGGAGAUUCCAGCCAUGGUCCAGUAUCUUGAUGGACAUAGCAAGUUCUCUCUGGACCAGACCUCGUGGGAGCACAAGUUGUUGGAGUUCCUCCAAAAGAUCUUGGGGAGGAGCAAAGAGGGUGGCUGGAACCAGGAUCUGAGCCAGGAGCUGGGCCGGCAGAUGGGCAACUAUGCCAGCGCCUCAGUGGAGAAGGCUUUCCUCUACAAGGCUCUGGGCACAGCCCUGGCCAUGAGCAAGGAUGUGGCUUCAGUGACAGAACAGCUCCGGAAGCUGCUGUCCAUGGCUGACUAUCUGAAUGGUGCAGAGAUGGCGUGCCUUGGCGCCUGCCUGCAGCUCUGUGCCAGGGAGCAGCUGGAUGCCACCCUGAGAGCUCUGGGCGACUUUGAGGAGGAAAUAGGAGAGGGGGAGGAUUCCUGGCAUCUCAGCCUGUGCAAGGGCCAGACCCCACAGGAGAGGGACAGAGUGAAGAGCGGCCUCCUGCUGCUCUACAGCAGUGCAGCAGCCCAUGCGCCCCCCCAGCAGCUGCUUCCUCAGCUGGUGGACAAGAUCGUGCCCAAAAUCCUGCACCAUUACAGCACCAGCUCCCAGGUAUCUGCCUGCAGAAGUUGGUCCCAAUCUCCAUGCCAUCCCUUCUACCCUCUGAGAUUGGGCUCCCAGGGCCUCACAGGAACGGACCUCAGGCCAUGGGGAAAGGGCAGCAUGGAUUGA